AUUUAUUCUGAAGACUGAAAUUCUUUUUCGCCUGCGUACUCUUGGAGGUUUUUUAUUAUUCGGCCGAAUCUUACAUUGAUUUCUUUGCCGGUGUUACAUCGUUUUUUUUAUUAUAUGGAGGGUUCUAACGCUGAUAAAGAAUGUAGAUCCGACUUGAAGCCUUAUGUUGGCAAGCUUUUUGAAUCAGUAGAAGAUGACGUUUCUUUUUAUGAAGAAUAUGCUAACCUAUGUCGGUUUGAUACCCGAAGAUUUGGUCACAAAUUAUCAAAUAGGGUCAAAACUUGGCAGACUCUAGUUUGUAGCAGGCAAGGUAAACUGUUGUGUGAUGAGGAAAAUGAAAGCACGAUGCCCGAGGGUAGUGCCAACAAGCGUAGACGGCGUUCUAGCAGAUGUCUCUGCAAUGCGAGACUUACCUUGAAGUACGUAAUCAUUGCUGGCAGCACAAGAUAUGUUAUUAGCAACUUCAUAGAAAACCACAAUCACGAGAUGGUUGACAAGAAGCACGUCCGAUACAUGAAAUCCAACCGUAAGCUUGGGGGAUAUCCAUUAUAGAUUCAGCAGAUCAUGUAUGCUGAUUU